AUGAUCUUCAUUUUUCCACAAGAGCCCUCCCAUACAUCUAAUGGAUUGAUCUUAUUUUUAGGAAAACAAUUCCCCUCAACUCAUGAUGCUGCAUUUAAAAAAUUAAGUAACUCACUUGCAAUAAGAGCUGUGGUUGAAAGUACCAACAAAAUGAUCUUCAUUUUUCCACAAGAACCCUCUCAUACAUCUAAUGGAUUGAUCUUAUUUUUAGGAAAACAAUUCCCCUCAACUCAUGAUGCUGCGUGA